AUGACUGCAUCUGAGAAACAUUACACUAGCCGAUCCAGAAUAUCAAGACCGGUGGACAUUGUUUUUGAAGCAGACGCAUAUGGACAAAUAAUAAAGUCCAACAUUAUCAAUUAUUCUUCAUCUGUGCCAAUAGCGCAACUGUCCAUUUUUGGAUUAUUAGUAAUUGGAACUGUCAAUUUGACAAACAGUUUGACAUUAGUAGCACUUCACACGUCAACACAGAAUGCAGAGGAUACUUUGACAAGAUUUUGGGUGCAAGAAGAAGUGCCAAACAGCGAUAAUCAUCUAUACACGUAUGAUGAGCAGUAUUGUGAGGAUCGUUUAAAAAAAACUCAUUCACGUGACUCAACUGGGAGACACAUUGUCCGGAUUCCACUAAAGACAUCUGUUGAGAUCCUCGGAGAUUCUCAAAACACUGUACAUCGAUAUCUGCAAAGUUUAAUAAGACGAUUCUCAAAGGACGGCAAUUAUUGUCAACACUAUCAACAAUUCAUUACGGAAUAUGAGGAACUUAAGCACAUGAAGAGAGCUUCUUCGGUGUCCCAUCAUCAAACUCACUACUAUCUGCUACAUCACAGCAUACUUGAACCAGAUAGUGCGACCAUAGGGUUAAGAAUUGUGCUCAACGGUUCCAGUGUAUCUACUUCUGGACACUCCAUUAAUAACAUUAUGCACACUGGUGGCAAUUUGAAUCCAGAAAGUUCAGACGUGUUAAUCUGGAUACGCUGA